AUGCCACCAAACGCUUCGGAUCCCAAAGACCUCAAAAUUGUCCUCAACCCUGCAAAACGACGCGCUCUCACCACCCUCCUAGGAAGCAUCGUAACGCACAUGCGCAAGGAAAUCGAGCACACAUUCGAGCCCUCCCCCCUCCAAGAACCAGCUCCUCUUCUAGUCGACCCAGAGAACUCACGUGACCGGCCCAAAAUCGACCCCGAGGAAGAAGCACGCCAAUGCCGCCUCGAAGCUCGUUUUGAGAACUCGCUCUCUACCCCUAAACUGCGGGGAUUGAAAAGAGACGCGUUGCGUUAUUUCGAUACAUGGGCGAAUGAGGUGGCACGUGUGUUUAAGAAACUCACUGAAGGAUCGGAAGAUCCGCGCUCGGAGCAGAGAAGACGCGAAUGGCUUGCUGCGAGAAAUCCGCCGCCUCCUCCUUAUCAGCCUAAUGCACCCGACUUCAUCAAGACGCCCGAAGCGGAAGCAGCAGCUCUAGCUGCCGAAGCCAGGGAGGUGGGAGAAGCUAAAGAUGUCUCAAUACUACAAUCGCUAUAUCCGCCAGUAGCUACACGUCUCACUACCAUCUCUAAAGAUGACAGGCAUUGCGUGAUUAGUUGUAUGGUGUUGCUGCUACUGAGCCUGGGUCAUUACUCUGCUCAUUCGAGAACGCUGCUGUGUUAUUUGACGAGCAGUUUGGAGAUGCCGAUGAGUGUGCUUACGACGGAGGAGACGGAGAUUGCGAGGACGUUGAUGCUGGCUUCUAAGACGCUGACUGCGGAUGCGGAGACGAAGAAGAGGCAGGCGGAGAAUGCUUCUUCGAGGAGGUGGAAAGUUGGGCUUGCUUCUGUGGCUGGUGCGGCAUUGAUUGGUGUAACGGGUGGGCUUGCUGCUCCUGUUGUUGCUGGAGCUAUUGGGGGGCUUAUGGGAGGUGUUGGACUUGGAGGCGUAGCCUCUUUCCUCGGUAUCUUCGCCAUGAACGGUGCUCUCGUCGGGUCUUUAUUCGGCGCCUUUGGAGGGAAAAUGACCGGGAAAAUGGUAGAUCAAUACGCCAAAGAAGUAUCAGACUUCAAAUUCCUCCCCGUAGCCUCAGAGUGGGGCGAACACACCACCAAACCAGAAACCGAAGAGGAAUCCCGGCGUCUCCGCGUAACAAUCGGCAUAAACGGAUGGCUAAACUCUAGGGAAGACGUGGUUAAGCCCUGGAGAAUCCUAGGCCAGGAUAGCGAAGUGUUCGCAUUGCGGUACGAGAUGAACGCGCUGAUCGAACUGGGGAAUUCGUUGAAGAACAUGGUUUCUUCCUAUGCGUGGUCAUACGUCAAGCUUGAGAUUCUCAAGCGGACGGUUCUCGCAACUCUCUGGUCAGCUCUCUGGCCUGUCUAUUUGUUGAAGAUGGCAACUAGCAUCGACAACCCAUUUGCAGUGGCACGCAACCGCUCGGAGAAGGCUGGCGAGGUGCUAGCAGACGCUCUCAUCAACAAAGCACAAGGCGAACGCCCCGUGACGCUCAUCGGGUAUUCACUCGGCGCGCGAGUCAUCUACUCAUGCCUAAAAUCCCUCGCGGAGAGAAGGGCGUUCGGGCUCGUGGAGUCCGUAGUCUUCAUCGGCGCUCCGGUCCCGUCAAACGCAGACAACUGGCGCACGAUGUGCAGCGUUGUCUCCGGGAAAAUUUUCAACGUCUACUCUGAGAACGACUACAUCCUCGCGUUCCUGUACCGCGCAACCUCGAUCCAAUUCGGCGUUGCUGGUCUGCAGGAAAUAAGCAACGUGCAGGGAGUGAGCAAUCUGGAUCUCAGCAAGGAAGUCUCAGGACAUCUGCGGUAUCCAGAACUCGUAGGCAAGAUCUUGAAGCGGGUAGGCGUCGAGAGUGUGCUGGUGGAAGACGCGACUAUCGAGAUAGACGUCGCGCCGCAAGGGAGCGAAAUCAAGCUGGUGGAUGAAGAGGAUCUGAUUGAUUUCGGAAACGGGAAUGAGGUGGAUGAUACAAAGGGGGAAUCAUUUAGUAUGCUUGAGCAUGAUCAUGAUCCUCUUCUCCACCCGGCAUCAGCACCAACACCAAGUCGUCCACCGCCAGCAGCAUCCUCAUCUCGCUCAACAGCUAAUAUAAGAACCCACGACCCCCUUCUCAACCCCUUACCCCCGUCUCGUCCAAACCCGCCUACUACACGUUCAGCACCCGCAGCCAUCCCACACCUAACAGAUACCCUAUCAAAUACACAGAUCAAUUCCCCUCCCUCCAUAUCCACAUCAACUCUCCCCCAGUCCAACAAAUACACAUCCAAACCCGAAACCCAAACCCCAAACUACUCAUCUGAUGAAGACACCUCCACCGGCAUCCAAAUGCUAGACAACGACGAUCUCCAAACCCUAGAAUGCGAGCCAAUCCCCGAUUCCCCCGUCGAGCUACCCGCUAGCCAAGGCUAUGAUGCCAGGGAGGACGUUAAAGUACUAUCCAAAUUCGAGGAGCAGAAGAGCUUGAGUAGUGCGUUUCCAAGGAGAUAG